AGUUGCUCCUGAUAUCAAAUCUGCUAUCCGAUCAAGCUCCAGGCUCGAUAUUGAUGAACUGAACAAAGUAUCAAACUGUGUCAAACAGAUCAAACGAUUUACGAAAAUUUGUAGCCGGACUGGCGUUGAAGAAAGAAGAAGCGGUCUAGAGCUGCAGACUUCAGGAGAUUCAAGCCAACUCGACCGGCGCAAGGAUGAGAAGGGUGGAGAGGUUAAGUCGUCAGAUAGUCGCGGUUAGCUGCGCGAUGCUGGUGAGCUGAUUAGGAAAAUUGACCGCCUCGAGAGGAGGAAUUAACAUGACGGGGACCCAGCACAGCGUCAUCCUGGUCCGGGUUGGCUCUGCACUCUUCUAUGGGAUCUCUUCGUUCAUGAUAACGGUGGUCAACAAGACUGUCCUCACGUCGUUUGACUUUCCGUCCUUCCAGAUCCUAGGCAUUGGUCAAAUGCUAACAACGAUAACAGUGCUUAUGAUAGCGAAAAAGCUUCGCUACGUCGAUUUUCCUAGCUUGGAGAGUUCCACCUUUACGAAGAUCUGGCCCCUUCCGAUAAUUUACAUUGGCAACAUGAUCUUUGAUGGCUUCCCCGUUAGGAGCCUGUCAACUACCGCAGCCUUUGUGGAAGACUUUGCGAAGCAUCACGUACAGCUAUCAAUGCUGCAGCGUGCCAUCCUGGCAUCGGGUUCUGCAGUUAUAUCGCUCUCAAAUCCAUAUCGACAUGACAUGAUUGCCUGCAUGGGUGAAACUACAGGUGGAAGUGCCCUCGACAAGUGCUUGCGAAGAAUGGAAAGUGAUUUGGAAGGAAAACGUCUGCUAGCCGAAAAGCCUCGAAUAAACUCUUCGACCCUGGAUCUCGACUAUCUGAAAAGUUUACCACCCGACACACUUGGGAAGACCUACUCCGAGUUUCUGGAAGUCAAUGGAGUCACCCCGGACUCAAGAGCUCCGGUUAAGUUUAUCGAUGACGUCGAUCUGGCUUAUGUGAUGCAGCGGUACAGAGAAGUGCACGACAUAUUCCACGCCGUUCUCCAGAUGCCGACGACGAUGUUGGGCGAAGUGACCGUCAAGUGGGUGGAGGCUCUACAGACCCACCUACCGAUGUGCAUCUCCGGAGCGAUUUUUGGAGCGAUUCGUCUACGACCCAGGCAGAGAAAGAUCUAUAUCGACCACUGCCUGCCCUGGGCCGUCGACACCGGGAGGAGGGCGAAAUUCUUGCUGGGCACAUAUUACGAGGAACGAUGGGAACAGACGCUGGCGGAUUUCCACAAUGAAAUGAACAUAACGCCUCUCGUGCAGAAUCGAACAGAAAAGCCGAAAUACUUGGUACAGGAUCAAGGCUAAGUGCAACUAUCGGCAGGAUGGGAAUUGACUUUUUGAUAAGCAGAGAGAGUACGAAGAAACGUUCCCUAAAUCUUCUGCGUAAGUAUUAAUAUAAAUCUUCGACAUAAAUUAGUUAACAGGAGCCGAAGACAUCCAGAUCCGCUGAACAGUCCAGAAUCGGAGAGCCCCGUAACAGAAUCCACCGUUGGCCACGGUAUAACAAUUCGUUUUAUUGAUUAUAACACUGGAAAUAUUAAGAAUAUAACUUUUAAUGGAAUACGGUAAUUCAUAUUACAAACUUGGAUUACAGUACGUGUAGACCUACGGAGUCGUUUAAUAAAAAUUGAUAGAU